AUGGCUUCCUUUUCAGCAACUCUUUUUCUGAUCCUCUCAGUAUUUUUGGACUCAAUUGUACCCAUCAUUUGCCCCUCAGUCAUAGAAGACCUUAACAACUUGAAACCACCGCCAGACUUCAACGCAACAAUCACAAACAAUUGCAUCAACAACCCUUCACUGAGAUACUGCAAUGCUACGCCUUUUGAUCUUGAAGAAAUCUUCAAGUCCACCAUUGUUGCUAGCCAUUUGUGUAACAUUUCGCAUAAUCCAAACUGCGUUGAAUCAUUCCCUAAAAUAAACCUUCACAAGAAACCACACUUAGCUCCUCUUUAUCUGUCUUUCACUUUCUUCUGGAAAUACUGUCCCUUAACCAUCACAUACAUUGAUAUUUCGAACAAUUCCUUGAAGGGGAAUUUCCCAACUGAUAUCUUUUACUGUUCACAGAUUCGUGAUCUUGACUUAAGCCAUAAUAAUUUCGUUGGUGAUGUUCCUGUAAAAAACCUUUCUUCGCUUCCUAAUCUCACUUUUCUGAAUCUUUCAUACAAUCAUUUCUCAGAAAGUGGAAACUUGGAUUCUGAGUUGUUUAAACGUUUUAAUUCUACGAGUUUUAUUCAUUCUGGUAUUUUCCCUGAUCAUAGCAAGUUUAGUUUUAAAGUUUUCUUGAUUCUGGUGGUUUUACCUAUCUUUGUGCUGGUAAUGGUGUUUUGUUUAUGCGUAUUGUGCUCUUCGCGACUGGAUAUAUUACCUGGGUGUUUCAGAAGGAGAUACGAGUUCACACCAUCAAUGCUAAAGGCAGCAACAAAAGGAUUUUCCAAGAAGAAAUUGGUAGAGAAGACAAGUUCAGUUGAUGUUUAUUAUGGGAUUUUGAGAGAUGGAACUGAAGUGAGAAUCGAGGUAUACAAUGAGAGUCUUUCAAGAGAAGAUGCUCGCAGAAUAUUUGCUGAAGGAUGUAAGAUUCUUUCUCAACUAAGGCAUAAGAACUUAGUUAGAGUAUUGGGAUGGUGUGAUACGCGCAGAUUAAGAGCCACAGUUAGUGAAUGGAAAGAUGGAGAGAAUGUGGAGACAUGGCUUAGAAAUGCUAAUCCAUCAUGGAAGCGCAGAAUGAAAGUAAUGGUUGGGAUCCUUCAAGGAGUGCGUUAUCUUAAUGAAGAAUGGCCUCAAGUUGAGUGUGAUCUUAAGACUAAAAGCAUUUUACUGAAUGAUGAUGGAGAGCCCUUAAUAUCAAGGUUCAAAGUGGAUGAUGGUGACAACAAUACCAAGAGAAUAUUCAAGUUUGGCUUGUUUAUACUGGAGAUGGUAUCAAAUAUGAGGCCAAUGGAAGAAGUUGAGAGUAGUGAGGCUGGUUUUGUUCAGUGGUUUAGACUUCACUACCCUCAGAACUUUGAGAAAUUGAUUGAUGAGAAAAUGAAAAUGAAAGAAACAGUCGUUGAUCAAGCCAAAGAAGCAAUUGAACUGGGGCUGUUGUGCACUGAUCUAUCAGGGGUCCGUGAGCAACCAAGCUGGGACCAAAUCUCCUAUGUGCUGUCAAAAAGUUCUUGCAAGGCCUUGGCGGGUAGCGAUCACAGAAGAUAUCAUCAGGUGGAUGGAAGGAGGAAAGCCAAAUUCUUGCAAACAGAUGAGUCAGAUGAUGAAAUUCGGAUGGAUCCGCAUUCAAGUGUUGAUCAUAGAAGAUUUCUGGUUGUAUAG